AUGUACGCGCUGCGCUCUCUUCUGCUUCUGCUGUUGCCCCUCUGUCCCGGUCCGGGUCCUGGACCCGGUAUCGAGGCAAAGGUCACCCGGAGUUGCACUGAGACCCGGCAGAUUCUGGGGGCCCGGGGAUAUAGCUUAAGCGUACUCCCUCCCGCCCUGAUCUCAGGUGAACACCUCCGGAUUUGUCCCCAGGAGUACACUUGCUGUUCCAGUGAGAUAGAGCAGAGGCUGACCUGGGAAACUGAGGCCACCUUCCGAGGCCUGGUGGAGGAGAAUGGUUCCUUCUUGGUUCACACACUGGCUGCCCGACACAGAAAAUUCGAUGAGGUUUUUCGGGAGAUGCUCUCCUCAGGUGAGCACUCCCUGUCCAUGCUUUUCCACCGCUCCUUCGGCCGCCUGUAUGCCCAGCACACCCCCUUGUUCAGUGGUCUGUUCUCUCGGCUACGGGACUACUAUGAGAGGUCCGGUGAGGGGUUAGAUGAUGCCUUGGUGGAUUUCUGGGCUCAGCUCCUGGAGAAAAUGUUCCCCCUGCUGCACCCACAGUACAUCUUCUCCCCCGACUACCUGUUCUGCCUCACACGCCUGGCCUCUUCUGCUGAUGACUCUCUGAAGCCUUUUGGGGACUCACCCCGCCGCCUCCGCCUGCAGAUAACCCGGGCCCUGGUGGCUGCCCGGGCCUUUGUCCAAGGCCUGGAGACUGGAAGAAAUGUGGUCAGCGAAACACUUAAGAUGCCGCUGUCCGAAGGCUGCAAGCGGGCCGUGAUGCGUCUGACGGGCUGCCCCCUUUGCCGGGGGGUCCCCUCGCUGCCACCCUGCCGGGGGUUCUGCCUCAACGUGGCCUAUGGCUGUAUCGGCAGCCAAGGACUGGAUCCUGACUGGGGGCCCUAUCUGGAUGGCCUCCUGUUCCUGGCCGACAAGAUCCAAGGCCCCUUUUCUUUUGAGCUCGCGGCCCAGUCCAUCGGGGUGAAGAUCUCAGAAGGCUUGAUGCAUUUGCAGGAAAACAGUGUAGGGGUGUCAGCCCAGGUAUUCCAGGAAUGCGGGAGCCCCCAGCCAGCGCGGACUCGCGCCCGCCGUGCCCCAGCCCCGAGGGAGGACGUGGGUCGCUUCUGGUCCGCGGCGGCGGCGGCGGCGGAGGAGGAGCGGCCGACGACUGCUGCGGGCUCCAGCCUGCCCCGGCUGGUGUGGGAGCUCCGCGAGCGUCUGGGCCGGGUGAGGGGCAUCUGGGCCGGACUGCCCCAGACUGUGUGCGGGGACCCCCGCGUGGCGGCGGACCUCUCGCAGGAGGCGGCGCCUUGCUGGACCGGAGCUGGACCGGGCCGGUACUUGUCGCCCGUGGUCGGCUCCCAGGCCGGGCAGCUCGACAACCCAGAGCUGGAUGCAGAAGCUUCAAGCCCCGACCUCCAGACGCGGAGGCGGCGGCUGCAGCUCCGGGCCGCCACCACCAGGAUGAAAGCGGCCGCCCUGGGACGCGACCUGGAGCUGGAGGACUGGGAGGACGCUAGCGGCUCUGGAGAGGGACAACACUAUGCAGAUGACUGGAUGGCUGGCGCAGCAGCUGUGGCCCCCCCAGCGCGAGCUCCUCGCCCUCCUCGAAGGGAAGGUGCUGGGAGCAAAGGAGGUGUCAUUAUCCGCCACAGCCAGGACCGGAGCAGGACUGGAGGGACAUCUGUUGGUUUUCACACACAACCCCUCCUCAUUCUCUUCCUCUUAGCGCUAGCCCUGCUUGGACCUCGAUAA